GCGAGUGGGAGUGGAGCGAGUCGCUCGGUCUCGGCAGCGUUCAUCCAUUCCGUACGACACUCCCCGCACAGCUCCGCGCGUCCUCGGUGUUAUCCGGCGUCUCCGACCGGCGGACCGUUUCUCUGUCUGUCUUUUACGUUUCUCGAAGAAGACGCGGAACGGGAAUAAUCUUCAGCGAACCUUCCGAGACGCGGAUUCUGGCGUAAGAGAGGACAUGGAGUGACGGAGAGCGGGAGAAAGGGGCUUUUUCCGAGGACGGCGUGCUCCGCUGAAACCCAACAUGGCGCUGCUGCGAGUUACGGCCGAGCUGAAUUAAUUUCUCAGCGAGUCCUCCGAGCUCGCCACCUGUAUCCUCCAGGAGCCCGGGCCGCGAGGCGCUGUGGCUUUUCAUCUGUACGGACCUUUUAAAGGAUCUUUUGUGGAUUUCUGACGUUUGUUUCCUCCGCGUAGGAUCGUUUUUUGUUGCUUCAUGGAAACACAAGUGACAUUUGCGGCAGCAAAAAGUCCGCUUGAAAUAUAGAGGAAUUGAUGAGAGUUGCCUACAGACAAUAGAAUAAUAUAAAGGUUUAUAUAUUUAAAAAAAAACAUUUUUUUGUGACAAGUGGAUAACCUGUUAGACACUUUAGUUGUUUUUUUCCUUCCUCUCUCUCUGUGGUUGGGAUCGUCUGCAUCCAGCAGACAGGACCGUAAUCGGGCUCGUCCACGCGCGCGUGCACACACACACACACAUACACUCACUCACGGAUCGCUGCCGUCCUACAGUUUAACUUGGCGACACGGGGAAAGGCGUGAGUUGGAGCCGGAGCUAUCGCCAAUUAACCAGGGCAACAUCUGUUUCGUGAUGUCGAUGCUGAGACAUAAACCAACCUGGAACUAAGACAAGGGAACCACAUCACACAAAAUAUGGUGGAUGCAAGGUUGACGCCCCUGGCAGCGAUGGGGCUGGACCGAGGUGCUCUGAUGCAUGAUGGCCUUCGCCUCCAUGGUGGGGUUGUAUACCCAGGAAUCACAGCACUGCAAGGGGAGAAAAGCAGAGAGAUGCCCGGCAUCCCCCUUACUUAUAACAGGGAUGGCCUUCCAGAGCUCAUUUACAAGCCUGAUGGCCCCCUGGACAGUCGUAAGUCAACUAAUGGAUACCUUGGCCUAUACAAGGGCACCCCUCCAAGUCUGCACAAGCCUGUGCUGGUGCCUGGAGCUGAAGGUUUAGAACGUAGAGUAGGGCCAGGAGAAAAAGGAUCUGAGCUGGGCUUGGCAAGUGCUGGUGGCAGCUAUCUCCGCCUGCCAUGGCUCAGCCCCUACCCUGAAGCAAGCAUGUAUCCCUUCAUGGACACAUCCAAGUAUGCGGCUCUGAACAUGUAUAAAGCUUCUUUGCUCAGCCAACCCAACCCCUAUCUUCCCCAGCACCUGCCCUACCCUUCUCUGUGUGCUGCGCAGGGUGGUAAUGUUAACCCUGCCGCAGCAUCUGCUGCUGAGAGGCUGUAUUAUAUGCCGCCAUAUCCUCCUUCUCCCAUCUCCUCUCCCCUGGUGGCGCCGCCCAUGAGGAUUCCUGCUGUCACAGUGGCCCCCACGUCACUGGUGCACUGCCAGGACAAGGGGCUUGGUGUUCCACCCCCAUUUGCACAGCAACUUCACCAACCUUCCCCUCAUUCUCAGCACCACCAGGCUGCUAUAGACAGGGACCGGUCUCCAAGCAGGAGCAGUAGACCAAGCAGGCCUCCCUCUAGGAAGGGCUCCAGCAACAACAAUAGCAGCAGUACUUCUAGCUCUAGUGGCACCAGUGGUGUGAAUAAUAAUAGUCUGCCCACUGAUUCUUCUUCUCAUUCAUCAUCUCGCCUUCCCCAGCCUCCCCCCUCCCCUGCUCACAAUGAAAGUUCAUCAGACCUACAAAGACCUGUUGCUAGGAUAGGACAGUUACCCACCUCCUCUAGUUCUUCAGUAUCUGUCUCAUCGUCAUCCAUACAGUCCAUUUCUCACCCAUUCUCUGUGAGCAGCAUGGCUUCGGAACAACCCUCUCCUGCCCGACCCAGCCCCCACAAACACAGGCCAAGAGAUGGGGCACCUGAGCACAGAGGUAUGGGGGUUGAGAGGAGACCCAGCAGGUCGCCUUCCAAACCUAAUUUUGAGAGGCCACCUCAUCAACCUCAAACAACCAAAGACUCAGCAGAGAAACCCUUAGAUUUGUCAGGCAGAAUACUUGAGUUUGGACUGCCUCCCAAUGGAUUUCCAGUUAAGAUGGACACUAUGGCAGCAAACGCACGUUAUGGACUGCCCCCUAGCCGAGAGCUCCUAAAGGAAAACCUGUCCCACUCCCCCUCCUCCCAUCCUCACUCCGUGGUCAGCAGCACUUCUUCCAAGGUCUCAGAGAGGCCAGAGAUAAUCAGCACUUUACACUCCUCUUGGGUUGUACCUAGCCCUUCUCCUUCCCAUACACAGCACACAUCAGGCCUGCCCUCCUCCCCGAGGUCUAAUGCAGACCUGGGCCAUUCACAAGCUAAAGGCUCCUCACCCUCUGUCAUCAAGCACAAGGGUUUGGAGAGAGUACAUCCUCAACAACAUAGCUCAUCCUGUCCAAGAAUUGGGGAACCCAAUCAUAAUGUAUCAUCUACUCAACAAUGUGGCUCUUCUCUGGCCAACACCAGGGCCCAUUCUCCCAAACCCAAUGGAGAAUGGGUCAAACACAGCCCCAGCCAAUCAGAACAUCCAACAUCAAUUGGGGGCCACCACAGAGAAGGAACAGAUAAAUCCUCCCUGAGCACUAAGAGAGGAGAAACAAUUCCGGAGGUGUCAUCAUAUAAAAGGCCCUGUGUAGAGAAUGGUCUCCCUCCUGGACACCUGUACCUCCCUCAAAGUGAUGCUUACCUGAACCACAGUUUGGCCUAUGCCAAUAGAUACCUGCACUACCCAAUCCCUGAUGGCAUGGCACUACACUCCUUACCAAUGACAGGGAAAGGCCCAGUCUACCCUCAUCCAGUACUACUUGGUAGCAAUAGCCUUUAUCCCACUCACCUGGCAGCAAAACACCCAUUACCAUACCACAACAUCCCAGCUGGUCCAGCAGGAGAUUACCUCACUUAUAACUCACAAGAGAUGGCCCAUCCUCUGAUGCAGACUCAUGCAGACAAGCUGCCAGAGAGGAGAGAUGCAAAUAUGAAGCCAAGAGGACAGGAGAGAUCACAAGGUGGUGUUGAAGAAACUGGGGGCCACAGAGAACACAAUAUUGUGAAGGAGAUAGGUGAAGGAAUCCAAAUAAAGUCGGGUAGGGAUGCAGGAGCACAAGGACAGAGUGGCAGUCAAAGCAAAACCCCCUCUUCCUCUGUAACAUCCAGAGAAAAGAUUGUAUGCAUUGACCUUGUGCACUCAGACACAGAUAUUGAGACUACACCAACAGUCCUCAAACAUCCCUCUGCUGAAAACAGCACCAAGGUGAACCAAAAUGAAUGUUGUCAUCAUAACCAAAAUCUGACAAAGACUGACUAUGAGCCAAAACACCAACACCACCUUUCCCAUUCUUAUCAAAUACACCCUGCACACAGUCCCACCCUGAAGUCCAACCACACUGAGCGGCAGUCAGAACCUACCUUGGGGAGACCAAAAGUUCAUCAGGAUGCACCCUGUCUUGGUGUGACAUCUAGCACAUCCCCAACUUCCCCAGGGCAGAUUUCCCAAGCAGAUGAGAGCAUGGAUGAACAGAGUCCCAGCCCAGACCCUGGAGACCAAGACCAGAGCACUCUGCGCUGUGCCCGCACAUCUGGGGAGCGCAGCUCCGGUAAGGAGAAAGGGGACAGGGACUGUCGACCUCACCACAUCACACAGCACUGCACAGAUGUGUUGAAAGUGUCAGACCAGGAAAAAGUGUAUGAGACUGAAAAAGAAGACAGUAUUGUUGACCUGGGAGAGUCACAAGGAGAGGGGGAUGAGGAGGACGAUGAGGAUAACCACACCUUAUCUAAAGGCUGCCGUAGCUCCAGUCUGGCCAAGAGGAUUGCAAACUCCUCAGGCUACGUUGGCGACCGCUUUAAAUGUGUCACCACUGAGCUGUAUGCUGACUCUAGCAAGCUGAGCCGUGAACAGAGAGCGCUUCAGAUGGAAGUCAUAUCACGAGAGGGGAGUAAUAUAAGUCAACCUGCAGCUAACUGGGAGCGGGCAAUGAUGCGGUUCUCGGAGCUGGAGCUGAAGGAGAAGGAGGGCGGCGGUGUGUGUGUGUCUGCCUCAGCAGCAGGACGGGAGCUGGCAGACGGCCAGCGCAGAGAGCGAGCGCUGGAACACUGCCAACAACCAACCAGGCAGGGAGAGAGGGAGGGUGUCCGGCCGGCGUACACUAAUAACAGAGUUCCAGUCCUCCAGAGGUGUGGGGGCCAGAGGGAACCCUUGUCCCCAGGGCAGGGGGCCCGAGAUGGGGCCAAAAGUGCCUGCCAUAGUGGGCUACAGGAUGGAACCAAGAGGUUGAUGAGAGAGUCUGAAGGAGGCCAUUGCCUGCCCCCCACUCUUUCACCAGUGAAAGGGUUUACUGAGGAGAAAGACAGUCAUGGCUUUGGACCCACUCGGAAACGUCCACUCUUCACCCAGGCUGAGCAGGAGAACAUGGAGAGGGAGGAACGAGACAGGGGGUUUCUCCUGGAGAAAAGACCCAAGAUUUGUACAGAUGAGCAGGCCAGUCCUGAUGAAGAUGAGGAUGAAGAGGUGCGCAAGCUCAAGGUCUGCAUUGAGCUGAAGGGACUGCGGCUCAGCAAACAAGCCGCUGGCGCAGCCUCACCUGAUGGAUCGCACAUCAAACUGGAGAGGGGGUGGCCCCAGCCCCGAUUAGUCGCUCAGGCCCAGAGCAUACGGGAGCGCAACAUCAGACCCGGUGAGCCAGAGGAGCGAGCGGCAGCCCAGAGAGCUGAGAUCAACAGGAAAUGGGGCUGCGAGAAGCUUCUUAAUGGAGUAGCUGCUUCCCCCCUUCCCCCCAGCCAGUUGAAGGACAGAUCGUACCCACUGGACCCCUUCUCAGGUGACCGUGGCCUCAAGGAGCCCAGGAGGGGCCCCCCCUCUCCGGCCCCAGAGCCAUCCAUGGGAGCCACUCCUCCCCUCAAGCCUCGUCGCCAUAGUGACACGGACAAACCCAAGGGCAAGCGGCCCUUCAAGACCAAACACACUAGUCAGAGGGAGCGAGAACGUGAGAAGAGGAAAGAAGCCGCUCCUAACAGCCCCAGCCAGCAUUGUGUGGCUGAUAUGGGAGCAGCUGAAGAUGACAAGCUGAGUGAGCAGCGCUGUGCUCCGAGGAAGAGAGCCGCCUCUCCUAAUCAUUAUCCCUGCUCUCCAGUCAAGCCCUGCUCCCCUGUCGCGCUCUGCCCGCCCUCGUUGCAGCCUCAGGUGAAUGGCAGAGCGGCCAGUGUCCCACCAGAGGCAGCUGGGAUUCACCGGACGCCCCCUGCAGAGCCCCCCACGGUGCGCCCGAUCCCACCAGAGGCUCGUCGACUGAUUGUGAACAAGAACGCCGGGGAGACUCUGCUCCAGAGAGCUGCGCGAUUAGGCUACGAGGAGGUGGUGCUGUACUGUCUGGAGAACAGAGUGUGUGAGGUGAAUCACAGAGACUACGCCGGUUACUGCGCUCUCCAUGAGGCGUGUGCCCGUGGCUGGCUCAGCAUAGUACAACACCUGCUGGAUUACGGCGCCGACAUCAACUGUAGUGCACAGGAUGGCACCAGACCAAUUCAUGAUGCCGUGGAGAAUGACCACCUGGACGUAGUGCGAGUUCUGCUGUCCUACGGUGCCGACCCUACACUGGCCACAUACUCUGGCCGUGGCCUCCUCAGGAUGACACACAGUGACAGCAUGGAGCGCUUCCUGACCGAUUAUUUUGCUGACCUUCAGGGCCGCCUGGAUGACGACCCAGGACUUUACUGGGAAUUUUAUGGCAGCGCUGUGUGUGAGUCUAGUGAAGAAGGCGGGAUCUACGACAUCCUGGCUGACCCACCAGGCCCAGAGGAUGAGGAUGAGGAUGACAAAAGGGAGGUGUUCGAAUUUGAGUUCUCUGACCGACCUCUGCUGCCUUGCUACAACAUCCAGGUGUCCCUUUCCCAAGGGCCUAGAAACUGGCUGCUACUGUCUGACGUGCUUCGUCGGCUGAGAAUGUCGGCUCGUGGUUUCCGACAGGCCUUCCCCCACAUGGAAGUGGUGACGGUGGCAGAGGCAGAGUUUUACCAGCAAGCCUCUCUGUCGCAGCUCUUCUCCUGCCCUGAGGAGCUGGAGGGCUUCCAUCCAGACAGCAAGGAGCUUUUAGACCUGGUGGAGGACAGUGCCGAGCUGGCCGCCCUGCUGGGCUCCUCACUGGAGUGUCUGGAUGACCGCUGGGACCACCCAGGGGACAAACUGAAGGACAAAAUCAAAACUGUUGGCAAGCUAUACUCAUCCUGACCCCUUGGACCACUAAACCUGGACCUUGAUCUUUUCUGACUCAAGCUUGCUUUAAAUCUAACCAGGGGUGAUGAUGAUGCCUUAGCCUGACCCUUAGCUCCCGUGCUUCGGCCAUGUUCUGGACCAGCACUGGUGCACUGUACAGAUGGCUUGACCUGCUGGCUGACCGGGCUGCUCAGAUAUUCCCCUCCUUUAAAUGAGGAUAAAUAAGUUUGUGGCUAUGUAGACUUAAUAAUGGUCUUAUUUUUAUAAAUUAAUAUAUGUAUAAGUGAAUAAUUAUAUAUAAAUAGCGAGAGUCUUUUCUUUUGAAAGUUGCUCAUGACGACACCUGAAAGAUUUUGUAUAACCGAGUGUUGUCAGCAAGAGUGUGGGCGUGCAGCACAUUGUUCAUGUGUGUAGCUGUACAGGAUAGUACCGAGAUUGUGCUAUUGAAUGUGGUAUUUGUGUUUAUAGGAAGCACAUGAUGUCCUGUUUUUUUUUUUUUUUCUUCCUCAAGACUCAAGCACUCGCUUGAGCCAUAGGGGUUUCUUGGUUGUAUCUUUUUUGUUGUUUUUUCAAAGAAAGCUGAAAUGUUGCUUCCUGUUUAGUCUGUAAUUUAACAUGCAAAACUACAAAAUUGUUUGUAUAAUAAAGUUUUAAGAUAAUGUUGAUAUUCACCCCCUCUGCACAGAGCUUGUAAAUAACAGG